AUGAAUUAUGAGGAAGAAAAAGAAAAAAAUAAAAAAUCAAUUACUGUUUAUAAGGAUGAAAAAGAAAGAAAAAAAAUCUCCUUUUUCAACGGCUUCGAUGAUUUUAAAAUUAAUUAUUCUUUUAGUUCAAGUAAUUCUUCAGAUAAAAGUAAAAAAUUAAUCGAUGAAAAUGAUACUAAUAAAGAAGAUAUAAAAAAUCUAAUAAAGAUUAUAAAUAAUAACUAUAUAGACAAACAUUUUUAUUUUAAAAAAUUGAGCAUGAAUGAUCUAUAUAAGAUAUUUGUCUAUUCUAAUUUUUUAACAAAGUCUUUAAUUCUCUAUCCCUCAUUAAUUCAUCACUUUGAAAACAUAAUAGAAAAACUUAAAAUAAUUAAAAAUGAAGAAAAUUUACCAGUAGUAGAUCAAUUUAGUUUUUCUUACUUAGAUGCAAAGAAAAAUUAUAAUGAUAGAAAUAUUAUUAGCAGUAAUUCUAAUACAAUUAAAAAUGAAACUUUAUUAGAGAAUACUGACAAUAUGUAUUUUUCAAAUAAAGAAGGAAUUACAAUAUCAUCAAAUGAUACAACAUCAAAUGUGAGAAAAAAAGAUAUACAAAAUUUAAUUAUACAUAGAGGAGAAAAAGAAGAAACUGUAACUAGUACAUUAGGUAACAAGAAUGAAACAUUUAAAAAAGACGAAUUAAAUGGGAAAAAAAAAAAAUUAGAUAUAUUAGAUGAAUUAAGAGUUUUAGGUAAAAAUUUUGAUUAUAUUUUGAAUAAAAAAGUUGAGCAAACUAAUAAUGUUGCAAACUUCAUAAAACAAGAUUAUCCUUUUAAUUAUGAAUAUAAACAAAUAGACAAGCAAAAUAUUUUCCAUAAUAAUAAUUUAAAUUUAAAUAACAUAUAUGCUUUAAAUAAUAUUUAUUCAAAAGACAUGGACGAUGAAUACAACACUAAUAAUUUAAAUCAUUCAUUAAGUAAUAUGCAAAGUGGAAUAAAUAAUAACAAUGUUAAUAUGUUAAAUUCUCCAAUAGAUAAAAAUAUUCGUGUUUAUAAAAACAUAAAUGAAUAUGAUAUUAUUGAACUAAAAAUAAGUACUUCAUUUAAUAAUAAAUAUAUAUGUAGAUACAUAGGUAUUCAUAGUGGAAUGACUCUAUAUAACAUACAUAGAUGUAUAUGUAUAUGUCUAGGAGUAAAAAAAGAAGAUACAGAUAAUUAUCUGCAUGUUUUUAUUUUAAAUAAUGGUAAUAUAUAUGGUAGUGGUAAAAAGUGUAGUGUUAGUAUUAUUAGAAAAAUUCAAAUAAAUACAGAUCGUCAUAUCACUUUUAAGCAUAUAGUAAAAACACCAUUAUAUCUUUAUAAAACAAAGGAUAGUAACAAAAAUAAUUUUAAGAAUGAAUUUUCUAUGAAUAAUCAAAGUAACUUUGACGAUAAGGUUUUUGAAAAUAUUCAAAGUAAUUUUAACAAUGUAAACAAUUUUAAUGAUAUAAAUAAUCUUAACCUAAACAAUACCAACUUUAAUAUGAACUUAAGUAAUGUUAAUUUAAGUAAUACUAGUUUAAACAAUAUAGAUAUUUUUAAUAAUUCAAAUAAUAUGUAUAGUUUUAAUGAAUUAAAUAACACAAAUAAUUACCAACUAAAUAAUACCAGAAAUACAAAUAAUAUAAAAAAUUUAAAUACUGUUAGAAAUUUAAAUAAUUUUAAUAACAUGAACAAUAACUUAUAUAAUAAUAUAUGCAAUAGCUUAAAUAAUAACAUAAAUAAUAGUUGUUUCAAUAAUAAUAUUUUUAAUAAUUAUAGCAUGAAUUAUUUAAAUGAAAUGAAUAUGAAUGAUUCUUUUACUGAUAAUUUAUAUAGAAAUAAUAUAAACAUAAAUAUGAACAAUGAAAACAUAAAUAGCACUAAUUCAUAUAAUUUAAAUAUAAAUAAUACUUUUAUCCAAAAUAAAAAUGUUAAUAUAAGUAGCUCGUCUCAUAAUUACUCUCUCAAUAAAAAUCUAUCUGAUUUAGAUUUAGAAAAAAAAGUUAAAAUAAAUAAUAAUAAGCUUUUAAAUGAUAAUAAAACAAAUACUAAUUGUACAAAUGAAGAUAUAAAAAAACCGAAAAAUAUAAGUAACUUUAAUAUUAAUAUUAAAGAAAAAAAUAAAAAUGAUCUUAAAUUAAAGGAUGAAAAUGACAAACAUAUAUAUGAUUUGUCUCAUUCUACUGAAAAUACUCAAAAUAAACAAGGCUUUAUAUCUAAAAUUCCAUUAGUAAAUAACAAUGUCUAUUUAAAUAAUAGCAAAGAAGAUAUGAAUCACAUGUUUAAUAAUCUUUCAUCUAAUAAUGUUUCUUAUAAAAGUUUAAUUCCGAAUGCAUUUGACAUAAAAGAUACUAUUAACAACUGUGAUUCAUUUAAUAAUAAUAUUUAUGUAUCAAAUAAUAUAUUUAAUGAUAACUUAAAUAAUUCAAAAAUGAUUCAAAAUAGAUUUGUUAAUUCAGGUGCCAAUUCAGAUUGUUUUUUGCCUAUUAAUUCUUCUCCUUUUAACAACAAUAUGAAUUGUGAUAGUUUUAACAUAAGUAAUUUAAAUAUUAAAAAUGAGAAUUUAAAUAAUCUAUAUACUGUCAAUUCUAAUUAUUCCUUAGUUAAUAAUAAUUACUUAAGCAAAAACUCCACAAAUAAUUUUGUAUCAAUGGAUACAGUAAAUAAUUUAUCUUAUAAUACUACGAAUAUUAAUAAUUUAAAUACACCAAAUUCAUUUUUCUAUAAACAAAAAAGUAAUUUUGUUAUAAAUAAUAAUUCUUUAAAACGCAAUUUUAACAAUACUAUGAAUAAUGAUAUAACAUAUGCUAAUUUAAUGAAUAGCACUUUUAAUGAACAUAGUUCUAUUAGUAAUAACAAUUUGAACAUUUUGCCUGAUCCUUCUAUUAAUCCUCAAUAUUUUAAUGAAAGUAUAAAUAAUUCUAUUACAAAUAAUAUGAAUUUAUAUAAAAUCCAAAAUAUAAAUGAAUGCACAGAAAAUUUUAAAAUUGCUUAUAAUAAUACUGAAAAAAACUACAAACACAAAGAUUUAUUAAAAGUAAAAAGUACGGAAAAUAAUAAUAAUAAUAAUAAUAACAAAGAUCUUUCUCUUAAGUUAGAAUUUAAUGAUUCUUCUAAUUUGAAAACAAUUAGUGAAGAAAAUUUUGGAAAUAUUGAAGAAGACGUUGUAGAUGAAGAAAAAAAAACUAAAAAUUAUGAUAAAAGCAACUCAAAUCAAGAUAGUGAAGAUGAAAUAAAAAAAGAAUAUGAAUAUCAAAACGUUACUUCUAAAGAUAUAAAAAAAAUAAAUGAAAAUAAUGUAAAAAAAUAUAAUUUAAAGAAUAAAUUUGAUAAAGAACACUUAUAUGAAUGGACAGAAAAAAUAGAUAAUGAUGCAGUAGAAAGGAAUAGUAAUCAUUCAGAAAAUUAUAAGAGUGGCAAGAACAUAAAAAAUUAUAAAGUUAAUGAAAAAAUAGAAGAUGAAGAUGGUGAUAUGAACCUUAGUGUAAACGAACUAAAUGAUAUGAUGAAAAUUAAUAAUUUAGAAUCGAAAAUGAAAAAAAAGAAAAACAAAAAAGAUGAGCACAUAGAAGAAUAUAAAAUUAGUAAAAUGAAAAAUAUUGAUGAAUAUACUAAAGAAGAUAAGAAUAAUACCCAUAAUCAAAUGAAUAGUUUAAUUAAUAAUAGUACAUAUGAAAAUAAUAUGAGUAACAUUCAGGAAAAUAAUAUAAAAAAUUAUAAUUUAAAUAAAAAUAAUGAAAACAAAUGGAAACAAGGAAACAAUGAAAAUAAAAAAUAUGCUUAUACAAAGAAUAAAAGUAAAAUAAAAUUGAAAAAUUCUACAAAUGAUGAUCAAUGUAAAAAAAGCCAAAAUGAAUAUUUUUUUAACAUAGAUAACAUAAAAGAUAAAAAUAGUAUGACAAAUAAUAUAAAUACUAUUACUUUAGAUAAAAAUAUUCAAACCUCAUGUAAUAUAUAUAAUGAUAACACAUUUUUAAAAAAAAAAGCUAAGUGUGAAAGCUUAUGCGACAUAUAUAAUAAUUCUUUUUCUAAAAAUAAUAAUGAUAAGGAUUCAGAACAAUAUGAGGAUGCUAUUGAGAAGAAUAGUGUAAAUAAACAGAACAUUGAUGAAGAUUUGAUUUAUUUAAAGAAAGAAAAAAUAUUAUCAUCUGUUAAAUGCUUUAAAACAAAGAACAGCACAAGAAAUAUUAGAAAUUUUGAAAUGCCACAAAAUGGAAAUUUAAAAAAAAAUUAUAAAAAUGAAGAUAUUAUAAAAAAUAAUAAAAAUAUAAAUACUUUUAGAAACCUAAAAAAUGAUAGAGUAGAUAUUGUUGAUGAAAAAGAAGAAGAAGUAUUUAAAAAAAAUGGUGAAAAACUUACUAAUAGGAAAUUAAAUAAUUAUAUGAUUUUAAAAAACCAAAAGUAUUUAAAUGAAACAGAAAUAGAAAAAUUAAAAAAAAAUAGAGAACAUUAUUUAAGCGAAGUAAAAAUCAUAGAUAAAAAAAACUAUUUACAUAAUGAUAAAAAUAUAAAGAAAGAAGAAGAAAGAGAAAGAAGUGAAAGCAUUGAAAAUUUAAACGGAGAUACUAAUUUUAAAGAAGAUAAUAAAAUAGAAAAUUUUACAUCAAGCAAUGAAGAUUCAUCACUAAAAAGAUCAAAUAUAAGUGGUCGUAUUAAUUUAAAUGAUGAAAAUAACUUAAAUAAAGGAAUAAAUUGUAAUGAAAAUUUAGAAAAUUUUGAUGAAAAAACACAUUUGGAAUAUGAAGACAAAAAGACAAGAAAAUCAAAUAUCAUUGAUAAUAUUUAUAGCAAAAAUAUAAAUUUUUAUCAUACCAAUAAUAGUAAAAAUGAUAAUGAUGAAUUUAUUAAACUUCAAAUAAUGAACAAUUUUAAUUACAAGGAUGAAAAUACAAAAUCAAAUACUCAAAUUGAUGAAAUCACUUCUAAUGAAAAUAAUUUCAUAAAUAGUAAAGUAAAUGAUAAUGAAAAAAACAUUUCUUCUAAUAUAUCUGAAAUAGGUAAUAAUGUGUUGAAUGAAAAUUAUGAUGAUUCUAAUUGCUAUUUAGAUUCUAAUUCUUAUAAUAAAUAUGUUAAUAAUAUUCAGGUUUUUAAUGACAAUUCAUUUAAUUUAGUGAACAAAAAUAAUUUAUAUAAUAAUGAAUCAUCUUAUUAUAAAAAUAAAAAUGAUCAAUUAAAUACACGAUAUUUAAAUACAGAAAUCCAGGAUAAUUUCAAUAAUCCAUUUUACAUAAAUAUGCAUCCAAUAUAUAAUCAAAAUAAUAUAAAAUAUUUAAGAUCGGAUAAACAAUUUAUUAAUAGUAAUAGUUUAAAUACUACUUCAAACACUUUAAUGACAGCGGAAACAAUAGAUACAAUAGAUUCUUCAGUUAAUAAUGUAUAUGGCAAUAAUUUAACUAGUAAAAAAAACUCCAUUUCCAUUACAAAUUUCAAUCAUACUAAUAAAAUGAGAGAAAGUUGUGAAAAAGAUGGUAAUUUUUUACUAAAAGAUGAACCAAUGAAACAGUACUUAUGUUGUAAUAUUAGAGAAAAUAUAAAUAAUGAAUCAAAUGAAAUGAAUUAUGACUGCUCACCAUAUAAAAUUCACCAAAAAAAAGAAAUAAUAAUAACAAAUAAGGAAAAUAAAAGUAAUAAACAUAAUAUCAAUAUAGAUUUUAGCAAUAAUAAUAAUAGUACAGGGAAUAAGAAUAAGAAUGAUAAAAAAAUUAAUAGUAUUGGCAUUAAUGGUGUAAGUGGUAGUAACAACAAUAAUAAUAAUAAUAAUAAAGACAACAGUAAUAAUAACAAUAAUAAUAAUAAUCAAAAUAAUGACAAUAAUAAUAAUCAAAAUAAUGACAAUAGUAAUAAUCAAAAUAAUGACAAUAGUAAUAAUCAAAAUAGUGGCAAUAAUAAUAACAGUUAUUCUAAUAAAAACAAUUGUAAAAAUAAUCACAAUGAUAAUGAUAAAAAUAGUAAUGUGAAUUAUAUUGGCGAUAAUAAUAAUAAUAACUUAAUUAAUAGUAUCAAUAAUAACAAUAAUAAUAAUAGUAAUUAUAAUGGUAUUAUUCAUGAGUUUAUUAACCAAAAAAAUAAUGAAUAUAACUCAUCUAAAUGCUUAUAUAAAUCACAAAAGAGAACUAAUUUAUCUUCUAUUAAAAAUGAAAACUUGUUAAAUAAAUCUAAUGAUUAUGUAUGGAAUAAUUCAUAUUUGCCAAAUGAUAAUAUAAAUGAUUAUACCAGCAAAACCGUUAUUAAAAAUUUUAAAAACUCUAUUGAUAAUUUCAAAAUGUAUGAUCCUAAUGAUAUAAAUUCAAAAAGCUAUUUAAAUAUAAAUGAAAUUAGUGAAAAAAAUUAUAUUAACCUAAAUGAGAUAAAUCAAAAAAAUUACUUAAAUUUUAACGUGUUGAAUUCAAGAAAUUAUUUAAAUAUAAAUGAAGUGAAUUCAAAAAGUUAUAUUAGUGCAAAUAAUAUUAAUUCUAAUGAAUGUGCGAAAAAUGAAAUGUUGAAUUUAAAAAAAGGUGUAAAUAUAGAAAACAACGCAAAACAUAUUUAUGAUGACAACUUUACAUUAAAUGAAUGUAUAAACUCCAAUGAUCUAAAUGAAAAUGAAAUAAAUCAUUUUGAAGAAAAUAAAUCAAGUUUUUCAAUGUUAUAUUUGUUUGGUAAAGUAAAAUUUUAUAUCAGUAUUAUUGAUAUAAUACAUAAUAAAACAAACUCACAUGAUCUUCUAUGGGUUCCUAGAUGUUGUAAUGGCAGUUAUGGUACUUUUCUAAAAAAUAAUUUUUUAAAUUUAAAUGAAAUAAAUAAAUAUAUACCAGAAGAUUAUAUUGAUAUUGAUUAUAUAAAUUUGAAAUUAAUGGAAACACGAUUUAGCAAAAAUGUAGCCAGUUCUAGGACAACAAAAAGAAAAAGAAUGAUAGAUAUAGACAAAACUGUUCUACAUUUUUAUAAAGAGCAUAUUAGUGAAUUUUUUAAUAAUAAAAAUAAAAUCAUUAAAUUAACGAAAAAAUUGUGUAAAUAUAAAAAGAAGAGAAAAUUUAAUAAUGAAGCAAAUAAAAGUAGUGUGGAUCGUAAUUCAAAUGAAUCUAAGAGUAAAAAUUCAAAUAAUCAAGAGAGUAAUGAUCUUAAUAAAGAUAAAAUCAAUAAUAAUGAUGGCAUUGUUAAAACAAAAUUAAUCAAUAAAAAUUUUAAUAGUUUUAAUCAAGAUUUAAUUAGCAAUAACAAUAAUAAUGAUAUUGAAAAAAACAUAAUUAAUAACAAUGAUAUAGUAAAUCAAAAUUUAAUUAGUAACAGCAAUAAUAUUAAUCAUAAUUUAAUUAAUAAUAAUAUUUUUAAUGAUAUAAAUAACCAAAAUUUUAUUAGUAAUCAUAUUUUUCAUAAUAUAAUUAAUGAUAAUUUUAAUGAAAAUAAUGAAAUUAUUAAUGAAUAUAUUAACGAUGGUGCUAUCAAUGAUAUUUAUAAUGCAAAUACUUACUUCAAUGAAUUUAAUAAUAAUUACUAUGAUAAUUCUAAUAAUUUUAAACAAAAAUUUCAAAAUGAUUUAGAUAAAAAAAAAAGAAAAAAUAAUUUGAAGCCUCAGUUAAAUUCUUUUAAUGAAAACUCAAACACAAAUACCUCAUUAAAUUUAUCUAACGUAAUUGAAAGUAAAAAUUUUAUAAAUAUAUCAAAUACAUUUAUGAAUACAAAUCUUGAAAAUUCAUUUCAUCAAAAAAAUGAUUUAUUACUAAAGCAAAACAAUAUUGAUUUUAAUAUUUUAUCUAAGAGUUUACAUACGAAUUCAUUUACUCAAUAA